GUGCAAGCGCUCACCGCCGUCGAUGUGGAGGACUUGCGCCGAGAGAUUGGCACAACCAGCUGUGCGUACUACGCUUCCCACGUACUCGCCGGGGCCGCGGAGGUGGUGGUGUGUCCGCACCCGUACAUUUUGGAUCCGGUGAUUGCCCGGUGCAGCACGCACCACCGGGAAAAUUGGAGUUUGAAAAACCGGAUCGUGAUCCUGGACGAGGCGCACAACGUGGAGGAUUUCUGUCGCGACGCCGGCUCUUUUGACCUGAAGCGCCAGGAAGUGCAGGACAUCAUUAAACAGCUGGACGCCAUUUACGAGAAAUACGGGAAAAGAUUGGAUCUCAGUGGGGGGUCGUCUUCUUCCCAAAGUCAGGGAGCAUCGUCCUUGCAGAGGAAUAAUGGAGGGAUGAGCAACAACUUAGCUGCUAUGGGGGAGCAACACACGACUCGCAACACAAAAGCCAGCGCUAAAGUGCAACAGCACGUCCGGCGCCUACGCGGAUGGAUGAAGGUGCUUGCGCAGGCGCUACCUCUGGGAAAGUUCGGACUGGGUUACGCGGUCAGCACGAAAGACAUGAUCCAAGAGCACUUCGUGCGGAAAAAGUACAAGGAACUCAGCCAUGCGUACUGUGCGGCUGUUCAAAAUGGAGGUAAUAAAGGAGAAGAGAAGAAGAGUGAAAGAGAUGAAUUAGAAAAGGAUAAAAACACGGCAACAUCAUCAAAACCCGUGACGACCAAGGCGGACGCGACAACGAGUCUGCGCGGCAGUUUAGACAUCGUGAAGGACAUUUGCCAAAACCUGCAGGACGCCAUUCUUGCGCAGAUCGAGCCGACGGAGCGCGAUGAAGCCUUCUAUUUUGCGAGUUUGACGAAGCUGGGGCGGAUGCUGAGUUUGCUGGAACGGAUCAAACGCCUGUGCGAUUUUCCGGAGUGCUACGUGGUGCGGAUCGAAGCCAAAGAGCUGCAUCAACAGCCUGUGGUGCAGCAGAUCAAAAAUCCCAGCGAAAACAAGAAUCCGUCUUCCCGAAGCGAGUCGAAGAAAACAAGUUCUUCGUCGAAGAAUGAGCAACACGCGGGCGCCGGCGGUCUGAACACCAGCGUCGAGCAUGUGGAGAACCCGCUGGACACGAGUGGCGUUGCGUUGAACACCAGUCUCGGUAGUGCGCUUGCAAACAACACCAGUUUGCUGUCCUCGAGGAACGCUUCGGCGAGUUCUAGCAGUACUGGGACAUCAAAUGUCAACGUGAAAAAAGAUUCGAACAACGUUGGGGCAGAGCGCGCUCCAGUUGGUGGGGCAGCCGGCUGCACGACUAGCGGUGGUUCAUCUGCGGGGGAGAAAUUCGGAUCUCUGUCCGUGAUGUGCAUGGUGCCUACCGCGGUGUUUUCCGGUCUGUCCGAAAUGGCAGACACGAUUAUUUUGAGUUCCGGAACGUUGCACCCCCAUUCCGCCGUGAUUGCCGAACUCGGGACGGAAUUUGCGAAACGGCUGCAGCGAAGACCGCCGCCGUUAUCUGCCAAGCACGUUGUCACCUCCGACCAAUUCCAGCUCUUGCCGGUGAAAACCAACCUGCCCUGCACGCACGAGAACCUGCAGAAGGAGGCGUUUCUCGAAGCGAUCGGGAAACAGAUUUUGAUGACAUUGUUGUGCAACGUGCCGGGCGGGAGCGGCGUCCUGAUUUUUCUCUCCAGCCAGGCGCUGGUGGAGAAGGCGCUGCGGUUGUGGAGUGCCAAGAUUCUGAAACGGUUAGUUUCCCCAGCCGCAACGAACUUUCUCCCACCGCCACCGGCGCUUGGGUCCUUGAAUGAGAAAACACCCUGGGAGGAGAGGAUAGUUUUGUGCGACAAAGUGAGAACGUUUGCGCAGUCCGUGGAGAAUCAGCAGGUGAUCACGGUUUUAGUUUCCGCGUACCGGUCUUCCUCGUCGGAGGGGUUGGAUCUACGGGAUCACUUGUGUCGGUUGGUGGUGUGCGUCGGGAUUCCGUUUCCGCCCUACAAAGACACGUUUGUGGCAGAAAAAAGGGAAUAUAACAACGCGGUGUGCAAAAUCGAGAAAAUGAAACAGGCGAAGGUACUAAAGUCUGAAGCAGAGAAAAAAAAUCUGCUUGGGCCUCAAGAAGAUGCGAAGAAACAA